ACGUCGAUCGGACGCUUUUGUAUUCGGCAAGUUCUCGAAUUGCCCGCCAAAAAAAAACACGUAUACGUAGUGUUGCAGUUAGAAAAGUGGUCAAAAUAUAAUAACAAUAUAAUAAGAAUUGUGAUCUUAGAACGGAAUUAAAAUGUUUUUAAAGUUCAAUCUGUGCCGCUGGACGCUGCUGGUCCUUGGAGUCUGCUGCCUGCUGGGCAGCUCAUCGGGCAGCGUCUGCUCCCUGGAGCGGAUGAAGAAGUUCGCGAUGGAGGCCUGUGAGCACCUGUUCCAGCAGGACGAAGGUGCCCGCCGAGAUCGGAGAUCCAUUGAGUACUCCCACCAUCAUCUCAAUCGACUUGGAUACGGUAAAACACACAACAAGCACCACCACAUCAGCCGCAGUAGCUAUCCAGUCGGCGGAUAUUUGAAGGUGACCCGGGAGCACUUCAAUCUCCUCAGCGAACUGGACAUCUUUCCGCGCUACAAGCCCAACAAGCUGCACCACGAGAAGAAACAGCGCUACAAGAGGGAUCAUUCGAGCAGGAGCUACAACAACAUACCCUACUGUUGCUACAACCAGUGCGAUGAGGAGUUCUUCUGCUAAGGGAACUCCAGUUCUACGACCCACGUCGGUGCCAUCUGGUCAGAAUCUUCCGACUCCGUCCAUAGCUAUAGUUAGAUUAAAGAUGUACAUUUUACUAGACGCGCUCACUCUUAUAGAGUACCUUUUUUGUGUCCACUACAGGGGACACAAAUCCAUUUACAGUAUUUAUACGCCUAGUUCUAAGUUGAAUAAACAAUCAAAUAUAAUUGAUUCUUUUGAUCAAAAUA